CUCAUCCUUGGUCCUGCAUCUGAUAAUACCGAAUUACUCAAGUCCCGGGCUCGUAUAAACACAGGCAGCGUUGUUUGUAACUUUGUUUAUGUGUGUGGUAUCUUUACAUGAGCUUCAGACUAGAGCAGAAUCUCGUCAACGUCUGUGAAAGAAAAAAAAAAAUACCUAAAGAACAGCUUUAUCAACUGAACCUAAGAAGCUGUUGUUAAGAGGGACACAGUGAAGCAUGAAUCUUGAGCUGUUGGAAUCGUUUGGUCAGAAUUAUCCAGAAGAAUUUGAUGGAGCUCUAGAUUGUGCCUCUCUCGCAGUCACAUGUGCAUUUAACAGACGAGGGACACUGCUGGCAGUUGGCUGCAAUGAUGGCCGCAUUGUUAUUUGGGAUUUCCUCACUCGUGGCAUUGCUAAAGUCAUCAGUGCUCAUGUCCACCCAGUGUGUUCCCUAAGUUGGUCAAGAGCUGGGUACAAAUUGCUGAGUGUCUCAACUGACAACAAUGUCUGCAUCUGGGAUGUACUCUCAGGGGAAUGUGAUAUCAAGUAUAGGUUUCCAUCUCCUGUAAUGAAGGUACAAUUUCACCCAAGAAAUGACAAGAUGUUUCUGGUGUGUCCCAUGAGACAUCCAGCUGUUUUGGUGCAUGUUGAUACCUCACAUGAAAUUAUUCCAAUGGAUGAUGAGGGAGAUGUGAGCAUUGUGGCAUCCUUUGACCGUCGUGGAGAUCAUAUUUAUACAGGUAACAGUCGGGGGAAGCUGCUCAUCCUUACUUGCUCUGACCUGAAAGUCAAGACUUCAUUCAGAAUUGGCCCAGGAACAUCCAGUGCAGCUGCUAUCAAGAGCAUAGAGUUUUCCAGAAGGACAGACUUCUUCUUGGUGAACUCAGCUGACCGUGUUAUAAGAGUGUAUGAUGUACGGAAGGUUUUGAAAAGUGGGAAGGAUGAAGACCCAGAGCCCACUCAAAAGCUGCAAGAUCUGGUCAACAAAACCAUGUGGAAGAAGUGUUGCUUCUCAGGUGAUGGAGAGUACAUAUGUGCAGGAUCAGCUCGUCAACACUCUCUCUAUAUAUGGGAAAGAAGCGUUGGAAAUCUGGUCAAAAUUCUUCAUGGUACAAAGGGGGAGAUGUUGUUAGAUGUUGUUUGGCAUCCUGUUCGCCCCAUUAUGGCAUCCAUCAGUUCAGGAGUUGUUUCCAUUUGGUCUCAAAACCAGGUAGAGAACUGGUCAGCCUUUGCCCCAGACUUUAAGGAACUCGAUGAAAAUGUUGAGUAUGAAGAGCGGGAGAGUGAGUUUGACCAGAGUGAUGAGGACAAGAGCGUUGAACUGAGCCAGGAGCGCAGGGAAGAGGAUGUGGAAGUUGAUGUCACCAGCAUAGAUCCUGUGGCUGCAUUUUGUAGUUCUGACGAAGAAGAUGAUAGUAAUGCACUCCUGUACUUACCCAUCUCACCUGAGAUAGAGGAGCCAGAGGAGGGUUGGGGUCCUGAAGGAGCACCAAAUGAAGAUCUUUCUUCUAAGAGAUCAGGUGAUAGCAAAGAAAAUGUCUCACCUAAAAAGAAGAGACCAAAAACCCAUGAUGUAUCCCUGGAAAAUGCUCCAAUUGAUGAGGUGCAUCCACUUGUAAGCAACAGGCCCAAGGAGAAGCAAACCACAGGCAACAAAAAAGGAAGAAACAAUUCAAAAGGAGAAGGCAAAAAAGAUAGGAAAAAACACUAAAAGUAUGCAAAUAUUACACAUCAAUUUUCACUACACACACACACACACACACACACACACACACACACACACUGUACAUCAAAUUUUAUCUCAUUUUCCUACACUAGUGUGUACUCAUCAAAUACUAUAUCAUUCUUUUUAUAUUUCACAUAGAUUUACCUUUAGGAAAUGUAUGUGUGUGUGUGUGUGUGUGUGUGUGUGUGUACACUUUGUCUGGGCUAACCCCUUUUGUGACAUCAGCGUGGCAUACAGAAUGUAAUACAAGUUUGUGUCACUUAUUUUCAGAUGUAAAAGUAUCUUAUUGCAUUUUUAAAAAAAUCUGAAUUCUUAUCUAUGGUUUAGUGUGGGAUUUUCCUUUGACUACCAUUGUUUAUGGGCAUUGUAGAGUUCAACACAAGUAAAUGUGGCUUAAUUUGUGAACAUGACAAAUAUGUAUUUCCAUAUUUGGGUUUUGAUAAAUAGCCAUUUAAAAAUUUUAACCAGCUUGAAGAAUUCAGUGUUUUUGAGAUGUUAAAUUUUUGCAAGUAAUGCAUAUAAAAACAUUGACUUUUCAGUUCCCUCCAAUAUCUCAUAUGAGAAAUACCAAGCUGAUUGUUUGGAUUGUGUUCGGCUGCACCAUCUAUCUUAUUUGCAAGUGCAUGUCUAUUCAGCGGAAGGUGUUGAUACUCUCUUGUGAUAGCAUGGGCAGUAUGACAUUUUCAUCUGAGAUGUUUUCCUCUGUAUUUAUAUUCAGUCAUUGGUCAUAAGUUUUGACCUUCAAAUAGUAUAGAACAGUCCAAUUGCCAUGGCACUUAUGGCUCAGUGUGCACAAACUAAUUGUGUCAAUAAUGAGUGUGAUACACAGUAUGUACAAUGAAACAUUACCAUUUACCUUUAAUUUCUUUUGUCAUUUUAACCAUACUGAUCCUCAUGCCUUAGUGGGCUAAGUGGUAAAGUAAACAUUGUGCAAUAACACAUUUUAUUAUUUUGAAGACAGUAAAUUCGACUGUUUUCAGUGCCUUUGUAUAUUUUCUUGUGUUGUACUGACUCUCCAGUUCUGCUAUUUCCCCUCUCUUUCUCAUCCCUCUCACUUCCUUAUCAUUUUCUCCUUCACUCCUCCCUCUGUCCUUCCUUCCCCUCUUUCCUUUCCCUGUCCCUUCCUUCCUCAAUGUCGUAUCCUCUCACUUUUUCCAACCACCACUCAUAUCUCCAUCUUGGCAGCCAUAAUUUUGUACUCGGAAUAAAAUUUGUUUUUUUAUUUUUAUUAUUAUUACUUUUUUUUUGAGAAUAUGUGACAGCUUGUGUGUACAUAGAUUUAGACAUCUGACCUAGUACAACCUUGAAAUUUAGCAGACGUGGUAGUGGCCUUCCAUGUCAACUUGCCUCAUUAUUGCAUCUUGUGAGGGAAAAAAUAUUCUUGGAAUAUUGUUUCAGAUAUCUUCUGAGACUGAAUACUAGAAAAGUAUUCAAAAUAUAGAAUUUUUUUAUAGA